AUGUCUGAUGCUCUCACCAUCAGAAUGUCUGAUGCUCUUGCCAUCAGCAUGUCUGAUGCUCUCGCCAUCAGCAUGUCUGAUGCUCUUGCCAUCAGCAUGUCUGAUGCUCUCACCAUCAGAAUGUCUGAUGCUCUUGCCAACAGCAUGUCUGAUGCUCUCGCCAUCAGCAUGUCUGAUGCUCUUGCCAUCAGAAUGUCUGAUGAUCUCGCCAUCAGCAUGUCUUUCUUUCUAGAUUUUCUUUCAUUCUUUCUUAUUUCUUCCUUUCUUCUUGUUGUCUUCUUUUUUUUUCUUUUGCAUUAUUCUUUGUUUCUACCUUUCUUUCUUUUUUCUUUUGCAUUAUUCUUUCCACCUUUCUUUCUUUUUUUUUCUUUUGUAUUAUUCUUUCUUCCUUUCUUCUUUUUUUCUUUUGUUGUCUUCUUUUUUUCUAUUUCGUUUAUAUUGUUCUUUCUUUCCUUUUUUUCUUUUUCGUUUUUAUUCUUUCUUUUUUCUUUCUUUUUUCUUUUACAUUCUUCUUUCUUACUUCCUUUCUUUUUCUUUUGUAUUCUUCCUUUCUUUCUCUUUUUUAUUAUUUAUUCUGUUCUUCUUCUUUUGUAUCCUUCUUUCUUUCUUCCUUUUUUAUUUUUCUUUUGUAUUCAUCUUUUUUCUUCCUUUCUUUCUUAUUCUUUCUCCCUUCUUUAUCUUUGUAUUCAUUUUUCUUUCUUUCUUUCUUUCUUUCUUUCUUUCUUUUAUAAUCUUCUUACUUUCUUUUUUUCUUUUUCUUUUGUAUUCUUUCUUUCUUUUUCUUUUCAUAUUCUUCUUUCUUUCUUCUUCAUUUAUAUUCUUCUUUCUUUCUUCUUUUUUGUAUUCUUUCUUUCUUUCUUUUUAUAUUAUUCUUUCUUUCUGCCUUUCUUUUUCUCUCGUAUUUAUCUUUUUCUUCCUUUCUUUAUUUUUCUUUUGCAUUAUUCUUUUUUCUUUCUUUCUUUUUCUUUUGUAUUCUUUUUUUCCUUUUCUUUUUUAUUCUUUUUUCUUUCUUUUAUUCGUGUUUCUUUCUUUUUCUUCUUUCUUCUUUCUUUUACAUCUUUUCUUCUCAUUUUUUCAUUUAUUUCUACUUUAUUUCAUAGCUUUAUUCUCUUUUCAUCGACCUGUCCAAAGUCCUUCUUGCGGUCACCUUUUUCAGAAGGGAUACUGACAUACUAUAAAAAAAAGAGGCCCCUAAAUAUUUUUAUCUAUCUAUCUAUCUAUCUAUCUACCUCAAUAUAUAUUGAUUUUUAUUGCCUGGUAAUCUAUCUAUCUAUCUAUCUAUCUAUCUAUCUAUCUAUCUAUCUAUCUAUCUAUCUAUCUCAGAAUCUAUCUAUCUAUCAAUCUAUCUAUCUAUCUAUCUAUCUGUCUAUUCAUAUCUAUCUAUCUAUGUAUCCUUCCGUCUGUCUGUCUAUCUAUAUAUCUAUAUAUCUAUGUAUAUAUCUAUCUAUCAGUAUGUUCAUAUCUAUCUAUCUAUCUAUCUAUCUAUCUAUUCAUAUCUAUCUAUCUCUUUAUCUAUGUAUCCUUCCGUCUGUCUGUCUAUCUAUAUAUCUAUAUAUAUAUAUCUAUAUAUCUAUCUAUCUAUCAGUAUGUUCAUAUCUACCUAUCUAUCUAUCUAUCUAUCUAUCUAUCUAUCUAUCUAUCUAUCUAUCUGUCUGUCUGUCUAUCCAUAUCUAUCUAUCUAUCUAUCUGUCUAUUCAUAUCUAUCUAUCUCUUUAUCUAUGUAUCCUUCCGUCUGUCUGUCUAUCUAUAUAUCUAUAUAUCUAUCUAUAUAUCUAUCUAUCAGUAUGUUCAUAUCUAUCUAUCUAUCUAUCUAUCUAUCUAUCUAUCUAUCUAUCUAUCUGUCUGUCUGUCUGUCUGUCUGCCUGCCUGCCUGUUCAUAUCUAUCUAUGUAUCUGUCUGUCUGUCUAUCAGUCUGUAUCUAUCUAUCUAUCUAUCUAUCUAUCUAUCUAUCUAUCUAUCUAUCUAUCUAUAAGUAUGUCCGUGUCUAUCUAUCUAUCUAUCUAUCUUUUCAUUAUAGUUCUUCUCUUUUUCAUCAUGAUCAUUGUCAUUUUCUGCUUCUUCUUUUCAUUUUUUUUCUUCUUCACACUUUGUCUCCUUAAGGUUCCUCUCUGGGAGUUCUUCUUCACAUCAUCUUCUUCUUCUUCUUCUUCUUCUUCUUCUUCUUCAUCAUCAUCUUAUGGUCCUUUUCUCUGGGGUCUUUAUCAUCAUGAUCAACAUUAUCAUAUUUUUCUUUUUCUUCUUCUUCUUCAUCAUCUUCUUCAUUCUUCUUAUCAUUAUGCUGCCUCUCUUAGAGUUCUUCUUCAUAAUCAUCACCAUCAUCAUAUUCUUCUUUUCUUCUUCUUUUUCUUCUUCUUUUUCUUCUCCUUUAUUCUUAGUAUCCUUAUGGAUCCACUUUUAGCAUUUUUCUUCACAAACAUCAUCAUCAUCUUUUCUUCUUCAUCAUCAUCAUCAUCUUUCUAUAAUUAUGAUUCUUCUUCUUCUUCUUCUUCUUCUUCUUCUUCUUCUUCUUCUUCUUCUUAUGGACCCUCUCUUGGGGUUCUUCUUCUUCUUCUUCCCUUGCCACUUUCUCUCUCUCUCUCUCUCUCUCUUCCCCCUAUUUAUUCUUAUCAUUCAUCUUCUUUAUCGUAUAUUUCUCAUAUCUCUAUUAGUGCUAAUAAAUUAACUCUCCUUUAA